GAGUGACAGAAAUUAGGGCAAAAUAAAAGAAGAAAACGACAUCGUCUUUUAUGUCUUUCCUUCUUUCAUUCCAUACGUAAAACCCUGCAAACACUUAGCAGCGCCUUUAAGCUCAGGAAGGAAGAAGAGCAGCCGGUAGAGAUGGACACUCAUGAAGCUUUUCAGGUUGACCUUGGUAACCUUAUGGCCUUCGACCCUCAUCACCAAUUUCAUUCCGUCCCCUCAUCUAGGGCGGAGUUGGUGGAGGAAAGUCUAAAGAGAGGAACUGAGUUAGUACAAGCUAUUGCAGAUACUCUUUUCAACUUACCUUCUACUGAAGAUAUAGAUGGCCCUCUUGUCAGAUUGCCACCCCCUGUGACUAGAUUGCCCAGAGAGAAGCAUAUGCCAAAGCCUAGACCUCCAACGAAAUGGGAAGAAUUUGCGAAAGCCAGAGGCAUUAAGAACAGGAAGAAAGAUAAGGUUCAAUAUGAUGAGCAGACUGGUACUUGGAAACGUCGUUUCGGAUAUGAUCGUGCAAAUGAUGAAAAUAAUAUACCAAUCCUUGAUGCAAAGAUGACUGAUGAGCCUGGGCUGGAUCCAUUUGCCAAAAAACGUGCUGAUAAAAAGAACCGCGUUGGAAAGCAAGAGAAAAAUAGAAUGCAAAAUCUAAAACAAGCAGCCAAAGUUGGUGACUUACCAAGCCAUAUACAACUUUCUGCGACUUCUUUGCCGAUAACAGGUAGCCAGUCUAUGCCCAAGAGGGCUACUAAAGAGGAGCUGGGAAGUGUGGCGGGAAUGGCCGCAACCUCAACAGCAAGUGGGGGAAAAUUUGACAAGAAAUUGGCAGGUGAAAAGCCCCUUAAACAUAAGGGAAAACAUCGCAAGUUCUUACCCGUUGUCGGAGGCAAAGGGAACUCAUUAGAGAAAGAGCAAACAGAAAAAGUUAUGAACAAGUUAAUUUCCAAGAAUUCCCAUGAAAUACUCAACGUGAACAAGGCAAUCACCAUGUACAAUGUCAAGAAAGAGAAGAAAUGGAAAGGUAAACAAGACAAGUCUUCACGAAGCUCAAGCAACUUGAAACCAAAGAAAGAUAUUCAGAAGAAACCAUCAUCAAGUAAGGCCUCUUCAUUUAAAGGCAAAGGGAAAUGAAAUUAAGUUCUAGUUAUUGGUGUAAGCUUUUGCAAUUUUGGGAUAUAAUUUUACAUUUUAGCUACUGGAGGAUAUUUUGUGUUUGUAUACUUCUUAAUUUUUGAGCAAAAAGUAGUUUCAG